GAGGGAGGGAUACUGCAGUCAGCAUUGUAGCCCUUUCCCCCCCUGCUCUGCUCUGCUCUUCUCUUCUCUUCUCUCCUCUGCUCUACUCUGCUCUACUCUGUGGCCAUGGCCAUGCUGAUGCAGGCCUAACUAACAGUAUCACAUUCUUCUUCUUCAUUUACUCCGUGUCGUUUUGUUUUUGUUUUUGAAUAUUUUUGUUUUGUGUAUUGGGAGUUGAGAGGGUUGGAGCAAUGGCCAUGAUUGUGAAGCCCAUGAGACCACCGCCUGCAGCAGCAAUUGACGUUCGCAACUUGGAAGUGGCGUGUGUGGCGACGGUGCAGCAGAGAGUGAGAUGCGCCACGUACACCGGGAAGAACCUCUUCACAAGCGACCACAAAGGCGUCCUCUACGUGUGGAGCACGGGGGAUGCAACCAACAUUAAAUUCCAUGACGGAGUUGGGGUUCCGAUCAAUGUGCUUCGAGGGACAAAUGAUCGGCGAGAUGUGUGGCUGGGAUUCUCCGAUGGCAAUAUUGCUAUCAUGAGCGUAGAAAAUAAGAGCAUUGGAACUCGUUGGAAGGGUCACCCAGGAGGGGUAUCCUGCAUUGUGGCGAUGACCCAUUCCGUGUGGUCUGGAGGAGUAGACUUCCAAAUUAGAAAGUGGAGUUUAUCAGGAGAGGUCCUGAUGGCUUAUGGGCAUCACCAUACGUCAAUUAGAUGGCUUUGUAUGGUUCGAAAGGAAUUGGAUGACACGGAAAUGCAAAUGUGGAGCAGUUCCAAUGAACCUGAAGUUGCGCAAUGCUCACUCCUUGACCACAAAUCUCAUCACGACAUCCUUGGGGAUGUCAAAAAAGGAGUAGGGCAUAAGCUUGCCAUAUUGGUGCUGUGUCAAGUGGGGAAGAGCACGGUGUGGAGUGGUAGCGAGGACAAUCUGAUCAAAGUGUGGAGCGUCCUGGAUGUGUCCCUCAGGCGCACUCUGUCCGGCCACGCAGGACCCGUGUGCAGCCUAGUGCAGAUGGGCCCCCAUGUCUGGAGCGGGUCCGCCGAUUGCACCAUCCUCGUUUGGGAUGCAUCGUCCCACGCCCUUCUCUUCUCCCUGGGUCAUCAAGGCGGGUAUGUGAAGACAAUGGUGAAAGUGGAUUGGCAACUGUGGGUAUUUGCUUCCGGAAAGAACAUCAAAAUCUGGGCAGCAGCAAGUUUGUGGGGGGAUUCGACAGUGGAGUUGGAGAAGCUGAAGCAAAGGAUGGCUAGGAUCCUGGAGGAGAAAUCCGCAUCUGAGAAUGCUCUCCUAAAACUUAAGGAAGAUUAUAAACUCUACAAGCGAGAGGCAAUGAAGGAAUUACAGUUCAUGCAUAAUAAAUAUAAAUUAGAUACUACAUCAAAAGACAACGAAAUCCAAAAAAUGAAGGAAGAACUAAUACAGGACUUCAGCAAUGCGACAUCCUCAAAAACCAAACUUGAAGCUGAAAAAGUGAAUUUACGUCAGGAAAAUAAUAACAUGCAAAAAACUAUUAAUGCUUUCGAAAGAGACAUUGAGUUGCUUCAAGAAUCAAAUAAGUGUACACAAAAAGAGAAGGAUAGAAUCAUUGAUGAUCUUAACAUAUCUUUAAAAGAUGCACUACAUGAGUUGACACUUUCCCAAGAAUCUAUCUCUUCAAUUCAAUCAAAGCUUGAUUUUACUUUGAAUGGAGCAAAAAUUGAUAUUGCCCUAUUAAAAAAUAAAUUAGAAGAACAAGAAAGAGAGAAUAAUAUUUUAACUGCAAACCUUGUUAAGCUAAAAGUACAUAACGACAAAGUACAGCUUCAGUUGGAAACUGUGAACAAUACAUCAAAGCGUGCAUUUGCUAAAAUAAAUGAACAAGCAAGGAAAUAUGCACAAAGUUUAUUGGUUCUGAUCAAACAAUUUCAAGAGGUCAAACAUGUUGUAAAUAAAGAACUUCAAUUAUUUAAAGAACAAAGUGAAAAUUCAUGCAGUUGGAUUAUGAAAAACAUGAAUGGAGUACAAAACAAAAACAAAGAAUUAUUACAAAAAAUUGAUAAGUUAAAGAAGAGUAAAAAGGAUAGUCAAACAAUACUUUCAAAGGACACAAAAAGUGAGUUAGAAAACGCAAUAGGCAUUAAAGAUCCAAAAUUGAGAAAUUUAAAUGAAAAAUUUCAAACUCACGCAGAAUUUACUGAGAAAAAAAUCAAUGAAUUAAAAGCUGAAAUGAAAGCGCUGGAGAAAGCAAAACUUGAUGAGAGCAAUGCUUACAAACAGAAACUGAUCCAGCAGCAGCAGGAUCAGCAGGAUGAAUCAGCCCCUCUUCCUCCUCUUCCUCGUCUUCCUCCUCCUCCUCCUCCUCCUCCUCUUGCAUUCCUCACCGGAGGAGGAGGAGGAGAUGAAGGCAUUGUGCAUGGAAUGAAGGAACAGGAAGUGGAAGGGGAGCAAGAGGAUUGCACUACUCCUCUGGAAUAUCAAUUACUGCAACAACAACAAUUACAAGACGAGGAGGAGUUGUGUGGGUCCUCCUCCAUUGCUGCUGCUGCUGCUGCUGCUGCUGCUGCGUUUGCCCCGCCCUCCUCCUCCUCGUCCUCUUCGUCCUCGUUGUCCUCGUCCCCUCGUCCCCCAACCUCUUGUUCUACUACUACUUCUCCUCUGCAGAUGGUGACAAGCAAUCCACUGGAGCAUCACAAUGACCUAAAUCAUACACCUGCUGCUUACGAUGCAAGAUUGGAUAACAUUACAAGCUUAAGAGCCCGAAUGAAGUUGCUUGUCUGUGAAAGUGAGAAUGACCAUAUUUCAUCUUUGGGAGUAGUGAAUAAAUUCAACAAGGACAAUGAAAUGAUACACAGAAUUCAACAAUUAGAAUUAGCACUACAACAAGCCCAUGAAAAUUACAAGUCCCUCAGCAAUGAGACAAAAAAAUUGAAAUCUAUGAAACUAAAGAAAGCUAGUGAUGACAUUAAUUGCUUUUACAAAAGAAAAAGUCGAAAAAAUAACCAUCUACAAGGUUUUGUAAAAGACAUAGAAUGUAAAAUUAAUCCAAGAAAAUGCAAAUUUGAUUUUGUAAAUUUUAACUUGAAAAAAAUGAUAAAAAGAUAUAAGAAAUACAAUAAAGCACAAAUGAUGGAAUCAAAACUUCCUUGCAAUACAACUUAUCCAUGCCAUAGCCAAAAAAUCAAUUCCAUGGGUGAGAGUUCAUUGGUUGAGUUUACACACUUGAAAGUUGGAAAUCAAGCUAAAGAACCCUCUGAGGAAAUGAAAUGCUUAGAUGAAAAAACAUUAAAUCAUUGCUCUCAGAACAAAAUUGAAGUACCAUUUGCAAAAUCAAUGGAAGAACAACAAACCUGCUUCACGCCAUACCCACAAAAUAAUGAUUAUCAAUCCAAAUCACCAUUAAUCAAAUUUAAAGAAGAAGAGUGCUAUUUAUCAGGUCAUGGAGCUUAUCGUAUUGAUCGUAUUAAGGGAUAUUAAGGAGUAAACAACGUCCCAAGUUCUUAAAAAGCCCAUGUUAAAUGACAAACUGUACAGAUGUAGAGUCAAAGAUGAGAAUAAAUUAAACGACAAAUAAAACUGAAAAAUAAACGACUUGGUGUCUACUUAAAAUUAACUUUACCCAUGAAAUGAAAUCUUCAAAUGUAAAGUAUGGCAUUUGAAACUUAUUUUUCAUUUUGAUAGGUAAAACUUGGUCCAGAAGUUUAAAUUUUUACUGUUGAUUAUUUCUCAAAAUAAUUUGUAAACUAUACUACUGUCACACAAUAGAACAUAUGUCAUUUCUGAGUAAAACAAUUUCAUAUAGUUAUAGAAUUGACUAGUAAUAAUUCUUUUACAAAGUAAUCAUUUAAAUAUUUGCUGUGAUACAAUUGCUUGCUGAAAAUCGUUUUCCAUUGUUAGAACUUUAAUCAAUUUGUUUUUUAAAAAAGUAACAAUCCCGUUUUAUUUUAAAAAUUAAUUAUUUGUAUGUGU